GCUUCACCAGAAGAAAGAAGAAGAACCAAAACAAAAUUUAGCUGGAAAUAUAAACAAAUUAAAAAUACAUAAAUUAUGACUGAAUUUGGAGGAGAUUCGGGUGGUCGGCUAAAGGGCGUGACCAUAGUCAAGCCCAUUGUGUACGGGAACAUAGCCCGAUCCUUCGGCAAGAAGCGGGAGGAGGACGGACACACGCACCAGUGGAAGGUCUAUCUGAAGCCCUAUUUCAACGAGGACAUGUCCAUUUACGUGAAGAAGGUGCACUUCAAGCUGCACGAGAGCUACGCCAAUCCGAACAGGAUCGUGGUGAAGCCGCCCUACGAGAUCACCGAGACCGGAUGGGGAGAGUUCGAGGUGGUCAUCAAGAUAUACUUCAACGAUCAGUCGGAGCGCCCGGUUACAUGCUACCACAUCCUGAAGCUCUUCCAGUCGCCCGUCGUCGAUGGUGAGCUCACCUCCAGCACAACCAUGGACACCAAGAAGGGUCUGGUCUCCGAGUCGUACGAGGAGAUCGUUUUCCAGGAGCCCACCCAGAUCAUGCAGCACUAUCUUCUGCUCUCGGAACAGAGUGCCAAUGGUCUCUUAACCCACGACACUGAUUUUGAGGAAAAGAAGACGAAAACGCUGGACAAUAUUGUCAAUGUAAAACAGAAGGUAAAGGGCGAGAUUGUUACACUUAAGGACAAACUAAAGCUGGCACGUGAGACAAUUUCAAAAUUCAAGGCGGAAUUGGCCAAGGUGCAAAAGCAACCGGCGUAAUAAAUGCACAAUUUCUAUGCUGAAAUGCUUUCCAUGCAUUCAGUUUCGAAUAAGUGUAAUGAUUUUAAGUCCCUAUGUGUAAAUUAUUAAAUAGAGGAUUCAAAAAU